AUGUGCCAGUUGAAGUUUGGGCAAGGUAUGAAGCGUGGCCUCAGUGUCAAGCUUGUGCGCCUGGGCCGAAUUCUUCUCAACGCGUGUCAUUGCCAAGUACAGUGGUGUUUGAUGCGCAAGGCUAUCCGAGAUGGGAAGCUUCAGGCAGAUGUCCAUGGCCUCUGCAUUUUCCAGGGCCUUUGCGCUUUGCCUACCCUGUUUGUCGAACAGGAUGAUCUCAUCAGCCAGGCAUUUCGCCAAAAUGUGAAAUCUGCAUAUAUCUCUCCAGUGAGCAGCCUUCAAUGGACGCACAUGGUGCUGGUGACGCACUUUGGAGACAAAGUUGGGACGGACUACUCGCAGAUCUUCGCUUGGGAUAACCCUCUGGAACGGAGGAGCAACGGCAAGUUGCUUUGCAAUGUGCUGGACAGACUCUUGAAAGGCUACGAGACCAAGGUUGAUGCAGAGGGGGUCGCAGUUGAACCGCCUUUGGCCAAAAAACGCAGGGGAAGACGCGCUCCAUCCAAGAAGGAUGACAGCCAGACUUCGCAACCUGCUCCAGAUGGCAACCGUUCUGAGAUCCGCAUUGGCACAGUCAAGGUGACUGCCAUCAAGAACCUGCUUAUGUGGGUCACUCCGCAGGCUUACAAGAUGAUGAUGCACCAUUCCUCUGUUUGUGGAGGGGAGCGCCGUUCGGCCUUCACUGAAGCAGUGUUGGCGUGGCGUCAUUUAUGGCCAGGGAGCCCCCCAGCAGAGGGUAUGAUGCCGAAUGAGGCUGAGGAAUUUGCCAGGCGAGGUGCUGCAGCAAUGCAAAAGAAGCUGUUGCCUGAUCGGGUCAAGCCCUUGCAGUUCGGAAUGGAUUUGACACCAGAAGAUCAUGAAGCCUUGAUCCUGAAAAUUGUCAGCGUGUAUGAAAGUGAGAUGGAAACAAAAGGUGACUUGGCCAAGAUCAACGUGGACCAGCUGUGGAGCUACCGCAUGGUAGUGCAGGCAUGGCGUCAAACAGUGAUUCAUUGUGCCAAAGCAGACCUUGAUGAGCGAAGCUUCCAAGAGGUCCAGAGUGCCAUUGAAACCGGCGACGCAUUGGACCAGCAGCUCUGCCAAUGCUUGAAAAGCUUUCCACUUGAAUUUGGCCUCACAAUGUUGCCAGAUGUGAAGUGUUUGACAGAUGCUGGUGAGAUGCAAGAUGCAGAAGUUGAUGAUGUCAUUGAGAAAGCCGAGAAGGAUGAGUGGAUUUCCAAGUUGAUCGCUGUGGAGGCGAAAUUGAAGUUGGAUUGGAAGCUGCUCAACUCAGUGUCAGAUGGCUAUGAGGUUCUUGGAGAUUGCCUGGAUUGGCUGUCGACCCAAAAGAAAUUGAAAGUUGCACAGCACGCUCGGGACACAGUUGACAGGCACAUGAAAUUCUUCUGCCCCUUGUUGGCUGUGGAGAACAAUGAGAGUUUGCCUGGGGACCUGGAGGGCUUGAUGGCUUCCCUGCCGCCGCUGGCUGAUCCUGAUGGCAAGAAUGCUCUGAGUCUCAAAGGGCUUAUCCCAUCAUUGGCCAAUUGCUGCCGAACGCAGGGUGUGGGCACUACUGUGGUCUUGUGCAUCUUUCCAAACCGCAGUCGAGAGGAUAGUGAAUGUGAUCCCAUGGAAGACGAGGUGGACAUUGUCCGAAAGAUGCGUGAGGCUGGAUUCAAACGGCAAGUCCCUUUCUUCAUGCCUUUGCGUGUGCCCAUGGAGGAGACCACAAACCAGACGCAAUGGGACUUUGGGAUGCGGGGACGUCUCAUGUUUUGGGGAGGCGACGACGCUGGGCCCAAUGUUUUUGUGCAGUGCUCAGAGCUGGUGAGAACUGGAAAGUUGCCCGAGGGAGAGCUGUGUUCAGAGAUGCUACCAAUCACUUCGAGCGCAGCAGAAACGGAACGAGCAGAUGGAAUGCGUGUAUGCGCUGCCACCCGGUCGGCCCAGAAAGGUGGAGAAGUCUGGAAGAUCGUGUACCAGCAACUCAUGAUGACUAGCAAAGCAAAUCCAGCUGCAGCCCCUCCACUGGUGAGACCAAAGGAUGAGAUCGUCAUCCUGGACUUUCACGUCCACAAUGCAGACCAUGCAUUGGGGUCUUGCUUGAUGGCAGCAGAGGGAGGGCCUGUGCAGAGGCAUGUGAUGCUGAAGUUUCUGCGGGACAAAAAGAGCCUGAGUGCCUGUGAGUUCUCACAAAAACGAGUUGGCGCGCACCUGGGCACGAAAUGGCUUAAGCACGAACUUAAGCUUUUCACAGAGACUGGAAAAAGUGUGGCUCCCAUUGAAGCCGAUAUCACCAUUCUCGAUGACAAUGACAAGGCCUACCUCCGCUCAGUGCCUGGAGCCAUGGAAGCAUACGAAGGAACGAGAACGUGGGAAGGCAAGCUCCGCGUGACUUGUCUCAAUGGUGCCCAGGUUUCUUUGCAGCCAACAUUGAAAGCAGAGUUCGCACAUGCACUGCCGUCAGUGAAAGCGCAGUUUGAUGCCAUGGAGAAACUGCACAAUGACAAGUAUGGCUCCUUGUUGGUUGGGAAGCUCCAAUCUGUGCGCGGUGAUGCACGCGGAGGCACUCCCGCUGCAGACCCAAGGCCUUCGAAUUUGACAAGUGGAAAUGCACAAGAAGGCAGUGGCGAAUCGAAUCCAGGGCCCGUUUCUUUGACUGGUCCAGAGUCGGAUGCACAGCUUCGCCAGCAGUACAAGAUCACUGUCGACGUGAAGGCCUUUGAUAAUCGUGGUGUUGGAUUUCUUGUUGCUGACAAUGGCCAUGCGUUUAUCAUUGUGAAGUCUGAAGACUUGAUCUUGCGGAAGGGUACCAAAAUCGCUGGUCUUGGGUCUGGACGGAUGACCCAGGAAGCUGGUGAUCAUGCCUUGCAACUGGGAUUUCCUGAUGGUGACAGGACACUCACUGAGGCCUGGUGGGUGACCGUUUGGGGUGUGUGUUCAUCUCACAGGCUGCUUGAUGUCCCUUUGAGUCGCAUCUCGCAUCCACAAUUUCAAGUGACAUCUUCAACUGGCAAACUGUUUUGUAGUCUGACAAAACUGUCAUCUCCGUUGUUUCCAUUGGCAUCUUCAAUGUGCAGAUUGUGCUGA